GAAGAAGAGAAAACAAGACCCGGCCCCUGAACCUGUUAUCAGAAUCAUAGAGCGGAAGUUAGUCAACCUUACCUUUGUGACCACAAUGCUGAGUGCAGAGCUGAUGAGAGAUGUGAACAUCAUGUUUAGCUGUGCAGCCACAAGCUCCCCGAAUACACAAACCUCUAAAUGUUGUUUUAACAUCAGUCACAUCCUGCCACAUUUUAGCCACUGUGAUUUUCCACUUUUCGAGUUGACCUGUUUUGCUGGCAUCUUUAUCACAUGUAUCACGCAUAAAUUUUUACUGUAGGUAUUUAAAUACAUCUCACUCUGAUACUGCAGUGACUAUACAGCUGAUGUGGUUAGUGUGGCACAAAACAGGCAGACAUCUUGUAUUUUACUACAGAGCCUUCUUCCUCUUUGAAAGAGUCACACAGGAAAUGAGAGAUCCGCACCAUGCAACAAAUCACCCAUCUCGACAUCUCUCUCUUUCUCAAGUUCACUUCAAGCUUGUUCUGUUGUGUGUGACCUGUUGUGUGUCAUCAGGAUGAAGAGGAAGAUGAGGAGGCUGAGACGAUGUCUGACCACAUGAGGAAUUCAGAGGAGCCCAGUAAUAAAAGGGUCAAACCUGUGGUUAAGUCCAACAGCCUAACCGGUGUCAUAACCCCGGUGAAGACCCCUGCUCUGAAACGCAUUGGACAGUCCAUUUCGCGGUCCAUUAGUUUCCGCACAGAGGCUCGACCUUUGCCCCCGGCUCCCCUGCGCCCUCGCACGAAGGCCUCGUCAUUUCCACGCCGGCGCAACAGCCAAUGUUGGAGUGACACUGUGGAGAGUCAUGACCUCACUGCAAAGGAGAUCAAACGACAGGAGGUGAUCUAUGAGCUGACUCAGGGUGAGAAACAACUCAUUGAGGACCUCAGUCUGGUCAAGAAGGUGUACUAUGAGCCCAUGCUGAAGUUGGACAUCCUGACAGAGAGUGAGCUUGGACAGAUCUUUGGUACACUGGACUCUCUCAUUCCUCUCCAUCAAGAUCUUCUGUAUCGUCUUGAGCGGCUGAGGGGAUUAGAGAAGACAGUCGGAGAGGUGGGGCCUACUCUGAUGAACUGGUUUCCCUGCCUGGAGGCCUAUGUUACAUACUGCUGUAACCAGGUGUGUGCCAAAGCGCUGCUGGACCAGAAAAAGAACGAGAAAAAAGUUGAGCACUUCCUGCGCUUGUGUCAGGAGUCUUCGUUUAGUAGGAAACUGGACCUGUGGAACUUCCUGGAUCUCCCUCGGAGCCGUUUGGUCAAAUACCCCCUCCUGUUGAAAGAGAUACAGAAGUGCACGCCUCCAGAGCACCCGGAUGAGGACACAUUAUCUGAUGCUUUGGAGCUGAUCCAUAGCAUUGUGGCGGAGGUGAACAAGAAGACAGGAGAGGCGGAGUGUCAGUUUUUCAGGCGGGGUCUCACCUACCUCGAAGAGAGUCAGAGACUACCAGAGAUCCAGCAGUCCCGCUUCCUCUACUGCCACGGAGAGCUCAAGAACACCAAGGGCCAGCGGCUGCAUGUAUUCCUGUUUGAGCUGGCUUUGGUGUUGACCAGGCCGGGGGAGGACAGAGAAGGAGGCCAGCUGUUCCAUGUGUACAGACAGCCUCUUCCCAACGACUUGAUAAAUCUGGAGGAGAUCCCAGAUGGGGAGGCUGGCGGAGGGGGCACCUUCAGGGGAGCCUUCACUGGAGGAAAUGAUAAAGUGAAGAACUGUUUCCGUGUGAGCAGCAGAGGGCGCUCCAAAGCUCACCCAUACAGCCUGCAAGCCAACGACUCCUUCAGCAAGCAGCAGUGGAUCACUUGUCUGCGCCAAGCGAUUGUCCGGUCACGAGAUAGAAGCGCUCACACCAUCCAGUCGCACCUCUCCCCUCUCCCUGAUCCCGCCCUGUAUCACAUAGCCGAUCUCAGCCUCAGCUCGGACACAGAAAUGGCAGACCAUACCAGUCGCUGACUGAUGAUCUCAGGAGGCCUGGGGAGUGUCUGUGGAUCUGUACAUUGACAUUGGAGAGAAUAAAAUAUGGGACUGUUUGUGAAAAGAUGAUUGUGCUUAGAUACACGUAGAAUUUCCUACAUGGAUUUAGUCUUUUGCUGCAUUUGCUGAUGGAUUGUGUGAUUGUGGUGAUGUUAACUGUACAGCUUGAGAACAGUAUUACUGAAUGUGAAUUUACAGUGUAAAAUGUUUUUGUUUUUUUAAUAAACUGACACUUAAAAGUU